AUGGUGGCUGAAGCAGCUCAUCAAGUGUCUUUUGAUUCAGACAAUAUCGACCUAGCCCUUCAAGCGACGUUUUUGGCAAGCUGGAUUACUGCCAUUGAAGACUCCAGAUUUGGGAAGGUUGCCAUCCAUGAUUUGGCAAAGCAAAAGGUAUGGGGAGCCUUUUUGCAAGUACUGCUUUGCGAGACUUUUGCCCAACACCCCUACAGACUUGCAGCGCAGGAUCCAACAGCCUUCAAGUCUUUGCUGUCUCCAUCUUGUGAGGCCGAUUUGAUUGAAUACUUGUCUUGGACAAUCAUGCAGUGGUAUGAUGCGCUUUCCAGCACUUUUUCCAUCGAUUUUUCAGUUGAGCAAUUUCUUCGGGGCUGGCUGAUGGUGAUCACCCGUGCUUUUGAUUUGGAGGGGACUCGCACAACUUUGGUACCUGGUCUUGACUCUUUCAAUCAUGAUCCGAAUCGAGCCUCUGCGCGUCCCGCCCCCGAUGGUAUGGGGGGCAUGUUGGUGGCGGCAACACGAGAUAUUGAAGCGGGUGAGGAGGUGUUUUUUACAUAUAGCCAGCUUUCGAUCUCUGAGCUCUACCGGACCUAUGGCUUCACGUUGCCCUUGGAAGCAAUGCGGCACCAGACAUUCACAGUGUUGCCCAGCAGGGUGCGCUUCUUGUUGCUGAAACACCUCCCACCUAGCCACGCUGGACUACUUAUUGAAUUUCAUAGUGCCGUGCUACACCCAACGGUGGUUGCUGCUCUGAAGGCCUGUGCAAGCCAGGGAAAGAGCUACACCAAGUUCUUGCGGGAAUUGCUCCGGUUUUUCUCAGAAGCUUAUGACCGUGACCCACGAAUGAAGGAAGCUAUUGUGACAAAAACUGCAAGUACAGAUGUACUUCGAGUCAAACUAAGUGAGUAUCGAUGCAUCCAACGAUACUUGAAGAGCUUAGAUGACGAAACAAAUGACCUGAACAACAUGCUGCAGAGAGUCGUCGGGGAAAAGGGCCAGAAUUUGCAGAGCCCAGGACUCCAGGACGUAUUUUGA